AUGAACUUCUUCAGUCAAUUCCUGGAGCUGUGGAACUCACGCUUUCCUGGAGAUACUAAAGCUCCCCAACUGGAUUGCUUGAAAGCGGACCAGUUCAGUUCUGUCGUUGACCAAAAGCGUGCUCUAGAAGAACAUUCUUGUAAAUUGUCAAUGGCGAUUGAAGAACUUAGACAAAAGAUCGACUAUGAUUCCUUUACGAACGAAUACUUACAGAAGUGUAUACAAAAGCUUGGUGCUAUAUCCCAAGUUUUCAGUGAGAUUGAGCAUGUUAGUCCAAAAGUAUCUGGGAGUUCUAACAAUCAGCUUUCCCAUAUUAACAAUUUCCCCGGUGAUAUUUCGAGCAAUAUAUUUCCUCAAAAUACAGCACCAUGCUUUACAAAUAAUCCCUCUAAUUUCUCUUUGCUGCCACAAUGUAUAGCAUCAAGUCUUAUUAAUUCAGCAUCACCACUUCUUGCAGCUGUAGCGACAUCUACUGCACCUUUUUUGUUUCCCUCAACAUUGACACACUUCUCCUGUCCAGAUGUGAUCAAGUCUGAUCCGGAUCAAGUUUCACAAUCCAGUAGAUCACGUGCUCUAGGGGAUCAUUGUCUUCUUCAGAAUCAUGAACACCAGUCAUUUGAGCUUACACCAUCAUCUGUUCAUAACAACUUGUUUUGUCCUGGAACAAAUUAUCAUCCUCCAGCACCUCGUCCUCUGUCCCAUGAUACUGGAGGUUGCGUUAAAUCUGACUACUCGGCCAGAUUAAACGAUGGUUUAACAGGGUCAACUACGGAUGCUCAGGCGGCAGCUGCUGCUGUGGCAGCCGCUUUUGGACUCAAUUUCACCAGUGGUGGUUCACUUACUAAUAGCAACAAUGUGAUGGGAUUUAAUAAACAAAGAAACCAGUCUGGUUCUAGUCUUCUUCAAAUUUCACCAUUGAGUUCUAUCAAUGGUGUUGAUGGAAAGGAAGAAGAUGGUUCAAUUGAACGUCCUUUUCAGUGUAUGACAUGUUCAAGAAGUUUUUCUGUAAAGGCAGGUUUAGUACAGCAUAUGCGCACGCAUACCGAUGAGCGGCCAUAUCCGUGCAUUCAUUGUGGAAGAGCUUUUAAACAAAAAAUUCAGCUUACUACACAUAUGCGUGUGCAUAGUGGUGAGCGUCCUUAUGGAUGUCGUUUAUGUGGUAAGUUGUUCAGGCAGCAAAGUCAUGUGGUUCAGCACCUACGAACUCAUACAGGAGAAAAGCCACAUAAAUGUUACCAAUGUGGUAAGGCUUUUCGUCAAAAGUAUAGCCUUAUUUCCCAUCAGCGUCGCAUGUGUCGCAAUCGAUCUGCUUCUAACCCUAUCGCCGCAGGAAUGACUAUGUGGAUAAGUCCAGGAGUGGAUGGUGAUACUGGAAAUCUUAUUAAGGAAUUUUCUCCCAACAAAGGCAAUUCGUCGAUUGCAAGUCCGAAUGCCUCAUUAUCUACUCCAAUCUCAGUCAUGACGUCUCUCCAAUCACCCCCAUCUCCUUUUCCUUCCUCACCGAUGUCUAAUACUCACACACUUCCGCAAAACCAGUUUCAAACUUCAGUUAACAUAAACGGUGAUUCUCAUCGAGAAAAUUCAGUUACAACUAGAUCUCGAUGCAAUUCGAUGUCGAAAAACAAGUAUGAAUUACAAGAUUGGUCUCGGCAUCCAUCACGUCUCACAUCAGAAGAUGAUUCUAUUCACAGUCCUAGAAAUUCGAGGUCCAGUGCACUACAAGGUCAUGCCCCAAUAGGACUUACUUAA